AUGGGGCUCCUCGCAGUGGUUGAAGGAGCAGAAUGGGGAGGAAGGAAGGGGACGGAAAUGGGCUUCAAGAAAGACCCGGGAAGCUUUUCGAUUCAUUGCGGUGACGAGCUCCAAGGUGAGCCUCUUAUUGACGGCACUCUUAAAAUGCAGGCGGUCCCUAAACAACAAGCUAUUAUUGAGGACCUUGAGGGCGAGAUACUCAUAUUUGACAGGGCCAUGGACGAGGUGGACCCUGCCCAAAGCGCCACCGCCAAGGGCGUUGAUCUCCCCAUGUGCAACCAGCAACCUCCCCGCCGCGGCAGCCAUACUCCACUUCCUCUCUCCCGGAUUUCCUCCUUGCUGACCUCGAACCGUACAUCUUUCCUCUCCGCGCCCCUUACAUCGCUGGCGCUGGACCUCAGCGCCGCCCUCUCCCCCUGCCCAUGCGGCGCACCGCCUCUUCCCCGAACUUCUCCCUGA